CACAAUCUAUUUUCACACGAGUAACAGAGUAGGACCAUUGAAGGAAGAAAGAAAGACGAUGGACCUGGGAACCUAUGGCAAUCCUACACCAGCAGAGAAAAAGAUCGACUCUUACUAUGAUGUGCCAGAAGGAGUGGAUAUUCGUGGAAGAUACGAUGAAGAGUUUGCAAAAAUCCUCACAAAAGAUGCUCUGAAGUUCGUUGCUGACCUGCAACGUGAGUUCAGGAACCAUAUCAAGUAUGCAUUAGAGUGCAGAAGAGAGGCAAAGAGGAGGUACGAUGAAGGGGCUGUGCCAGGGUUUGAUCCUGCUACUAGGCACAUAAGAGAGCAUGAGUGGGUAUGUGCACCUGUUCCACCAGCUGUUGCUGAUAGGAAAGUGGAGAUCACUGGCCCUGUUGACAGAAAAAUGAUCAUCAAUGCUCUCAACUCUGGAGCUAAAGCCUUUAUGGCUGAUUUUGAAGAUGCACUGUCACCGAGCUGGGAAAAUCUUAUGAGAGGGCAAGUGAACUUGAGGGAUGCUGUGGCUGGGACCAUAAGCUUCCAUGACAAGGUCAGAAACAGGGUUUACAAGCUCAAUGAUCAGACAGCAAAGCUUUUUGUGAGAGUAAGAGGUUGGCACCUACCCGAGGCACAUAUUCUGAUUGAUGGUGAACCUGCAACUGGUUGCCUUGUUGAUUUUGGCCUCUACUUCUACCACAAUCACUCAACAUUCCGGCGCACUCAAGGUGCUGGCUUUGGCCCUUUCUUUUACCUUCCCAAAAUGGAGCAUUCAAGGGAAGCUAAGAUAUGGAACAGCGUGUUUGAGAAGGCUGAGAAUGUAGCAGGCAUCGAAAGAGGAAGCAUCAGAGCAACUGUUCUGAUAGAAACACUUCCUGCGGUGUUUCAAAUGGAUGAAAUUCUGUAUGAGCUGAAGGAUCACUCGGCGGGUCUGAACUGUGGGCGUUGGGAUUACAUUUUCAGUUAUGUCAAGACCUUCCGGGCUCACCCUGAUCGCCUGCUACCAGACAGGGUCCAGGUUGGCAUGACUCAACACUUCAUGAAGAGUUACUCCGAUCUCCUCAUUAGAACGUGUCAUAGACGCGGUGUGCAUGCUAUGGGAGGAAUGGCAGCACAGAUUCCAAUCAAAGAUGACCCAGUGGCUAACGAGGCAGCACUGGAGCUUGUGAGGAAGGACAAGCUAAGAGAAGUGAAGGCAGGGCACGACGGGAGUUGGGCAGCACACCCUGGUCUGGUUCCAGCAUGCAUGGAGGUUUUCGACAACAACAUAGGCAAUGCUCCGAACCAGAUAAAGACAGCAAAACGCGAAGACGCUGCAAACAUAACCGAACAAGACCUCUUGCAGAUACCAAUAGGAGGCCGAAGCAUGGAAGGCCUGAGACUAAACACAAGGGUGGGAAUUCAGUACAUGGCAGCAUGGUGA